UUUACUUUGUAACAAAUAUUUUUGGACCUAAAAACGUAAAAUCGUUAUGUUUUUAUUAAAACGCCCCGACUUGAAAGUAAUAUAUGCUUGUACUCGAUUGUAUAGUUUUGGAAGAAGAUCUCAUUAUGACGUGUUAAAUUUGCGCAAGAACUGUACUGAUAAAGAAAUUAAAGAUGCAUAUAUAAGGUUAAGCAAACAAUACCAUCCUGACAAGAAUAAGAAUGCUAGAGCACAGGAACAGUUUGUGCAGGUGCAGGAAGCUUACAAUGUCCUGAGCAAACCCGGCAGCAGAGCUCAGUAUGAUAGUACCAUUGACAUAGAUCUCAACAGUGGCUAUGUUUAUAGAACACAUGUAGCAUAUAAUUCACGUAAUAAUCCAUACUAUGGCUUUACUCAACAAACUAGCAAGACAAGAACUGAUUCAAAUUCCUACUAUGGUGUGAAAGGUGUAAAAAAAUUACCGAACACAGCUAUCAUAGUACUUUGUUUUGGAAUAGCUUUUGUUGGAGUGCUGUUACAGUUUAUUGUCAUCAGAAAUUCAUAUUUAUCCCAUCGUAGACAAAUACAAGAGAGAUCUAUGAUGUGUGGAGAUGAACUGGAUAAAGUCCGUGCAGCCGCACAGGGGAAAUCAAAUGAGAUGCAAACAAGAAUUAUGUUAGAGAAAAUAGUGGCAGCGUCUAACCCAACAGCGGCCACUGCCUCCCUCGGACAGGCACUCGCUAAUGAUAAAAAGAAAUUAAUGAAAAUUUGCAGUCGAUGUAAUAAUGUAAAAGAAAAUGGCAGUGAUUGCCUCGUGUGCGCGCCAAAAGGAAAUGAUAUAACCUACGCCGAGGUGGUGAAGAAAAUAACCUCUUAUUUAUAUUGAUACAUUAUAUUUAUAGUUUGGAAAAUUGUGAU